ACACGUCGAGAGCCGGAGAGGGAGGCGGAGCCGUAAGCACGCCGUGAGCUGGCAGAAGCUUUUUGGACUCCGCUGGGCUGCUCCUCCUGACGGGGCUGGGCUGCUGGCGGGCAAGACGGGCAGACGGCGGCGGCGGGGGAAGACGAGCCGCCGGACACGGAUACCCUUCCCUGCCGCGAAGACGACGAAGAAGAAGCGGCACAAACCGCCUUGCCAGCCACCAAUUUCGACCACCAGCAGCCAGCAGCCCUCGCUCCGUGUGCGCGUGUGUGCGUGUGUCUCCUCCGACUUGACCAGCGUUGCCAUCGAGCGAUGCGCUUCGACGACCACCAGGAGAUCCACCUUUCGGGUUUGCUUUUGCUUGCCCGCACAUUUUGACUGUUGACAAUCGCUCUCGCGCGAGCACGAGCAACAAAACGGAGGGCUGUCAACUUGGACCGGUCUUGUCUUUAAUUCUUGCUGGAUGCGCUUGGGAGUAACAAAAGGCGAGAAUGUUGUGGGAAGGGACCGCCUCUCCGGACACCUAACAUUCAUGACACUUCGCUGCAUAUUUGCCUUUCAUUGAAAGAAGAGGGGAGGACUACAUUGACGAAGAGUCGCCUGGUUCGGCUCUGAGCAGCAGGCGGGACUUUGCUUUGGCCGAGUUUGGAGGCGCUUUGAAGGUGUGGUCAUGCUUUCCCUGGACGAGCCACUGGACCUGAAACUCCCUCGGCGGACCAACGGAUGGGACCGUGGGUCGCGUUCACCGACUCUCUCGCCGACGAUCCCCAAAAGGGCUCGCCAUUUGCGCAUGACGGACGAUGGUACCGCGGUCAUCGAUCCCGCCUCCCCGGCAUCCCCGCACACAGGUGUGCAGGUCGUCUCCCACGACCGAACAGAUACCCCCACGCCUCCUGCAGUGGAUCUGAGCAUGUCUCCUUCCUCCCUUCGCCACACGCCCACCUCACCCGAGAUGACCAAUGGGAGCUACGCUACCGCAGUGACUUCCCAGCUGUCGCAAGCCUUUCAGUUUUUUGUGCCGAUCGGAGCUGGGGCGGGACUUCACCUGCCGUCAUCCAUGUUCGUUGGCCAGACGAGCGAUAAAAGGGCCUCCCCCGACCUCUCGUCAGAUGAACAGCUGGCUUGCCGCUGGAAGAAGUGCCGCCUGCUCUUUGACUCUCUUCAAGACCUAGUGGACCAUGUCAACGACUUCCACGUCAAACCGGAGAAGGAGACAGGGUACUGCUGCCAUUGGGAGGGCUGCGCUCGCAAAGGGAGGGGGUUCAACGCCAGGUACAAGAUGCUUAUCCACAUCCGCACGCACACCAACGAGAAGCCUCACCGCUGUCCCACUUGCAACAAGAGCUUCUCGCGCCUCGAGAACCUCAAGAUACACAACCGCUCACACACGGGUGAAAAGCCCUACAUCUGCCCGUAUGAGGGCUGCAACAAGCGCUACUCCAACUCAAGCGACCGCUUCAAACAUACGCGCACACAUUAUGUGGACAAGCCCUACUACUGCAAAAUGGUGGGCUGCCUGAAGCGCUACACAGACCCGAGUUCUCUCCGCAAGCACAUCAAGGCCCACGGCCAUUUUGUGGCGCAGGAGCAGGGCUCGCCGGGCGGAGUGGGGUCCUUGCUGAAGGGAAGUCAAAGUGGGGGCUUCGCUAGCGGAGGGGUUAAUGAGUCAGAGAUGUCCUACGUGAGUGGGGCUCACAUUAUCAUUCCAGGGUCAGGGGCCGCUCUCCUGGGGGCCCACACUCUUCAGGGCCUGGGCGGAGCUCUUCCCAUGUCCCCCCUCAGUCCUCGGCCCCUGGACCUCAGCACGUUGGGUUGCCCUAACUCCCCCCCAGGCAGCUUGGGAGGGGCUCCUGCCCUAUCGUUCAGUGGCUCCCCGCUCACCCUGGCCAAGUCACCCUUGCUCUCUACGGCGUUCGCCUCCUCAACCCUUGGCAUGUCCAUGGUGCCCAUGCCGGGGGCGGGCGCCGAGCGCAGGGCCCCGAGCCUGCAGGCCAAGAGGGGUCGAGGGGAGGAGGCUGAGAAGGAGGUGACUGGGGGGGUGCUUAACCUUUCCACAGGAGGGUCUUAUGAUUCUUUGUCCUGGGUGGUCAUCCCCCCGGGCGCUGUGGUGCUCAAGCCAGCUGUGGUCAACUGAUACAUGCGUACACAUUCCAGAAGAGCUCACGGGGUCGGGACGGGACGGGAGGGUGGUGGGGUGGAUCGGGUCGCACAAUAGCUUCAAAGAGUGCGGCAUAUGUACAACAAUAUGGAGACCAUAUUUGAUGAAAGUUGCAGAACGCAGGCCUCUUCGGUUGUCAAGGGGCUCAAGAAGAUUUCUAGAACAGCCCGAAAAGGGCUCCUUGCUUUUCUAAUUUUGUACAUUCCUUCAUUCCUUGUUUGCCGGUUCUGUGGACGGAGCCCAUGAACGUGAAAGUCUUAUACAAGUCCUUCUAUUCUUUGCAGUAUUUAUAAAAGAUUAUCGACCGUGUGCCUCUAGCCAAGCAGUGAGAUAGACAAAGCCCGCAAAGAAACACAAGGACGCACUCAGCGCUGGGCAAAUGUGCACGUUUUUUUUUUUAAACUUUGAAACAUAGAAUGUACAGGCUUCUGUGAUUCGUACGAUUCCGACGAACUUGCCAAACCAAAGCAAGUGAACGUAAAGCGUCUUAAACGGUUCAGUUACAUACAGCACUUAAAAAAAAAAAUUUAAAAAAAAGGUUAGCGUCACAAAAUCUCAAAACUGCUGCUAACCUCUUCGUGUGACUGGGAGCGAGUCUCUUUUGACAAUCUUUCCCCAUUUCGGGGAGGCCAACUAACACCGACAAGCCUGGUCCAGGGAAAUUUCUUGCCAGGCAUUGUAGAUUGCUUUUACAGCGAUCCCGAGAACAGACAAAUGGUGUUAGAGCACCUGGCAAAGACCAAUAAUCACUUCCUCUCAAGAAAACGGAAGGCACUGCUGUUUGGCUCCCCACAGUGGCAGGAUGAGGGGCACAACAUGCCACGGGACAGAAUUGGCACAGUUUCUUGCUCCUGGAUUGUCCAGCUGCUUUCCCGUAAUGGAAUCAACACGGCCAGUUUGUGUAUGAAAGGCCCACUGUGCCGAUAAACACUGCUGUCUUGUGUUUUCUUUAAAGAGUGACCCGGCUGAAAACCAGCUGGGAAAAAACACGCACGGCCGGCCCGGCCGUUCACUGUUUCACCUCUUGGUGGAAGUUUUGUCCUGCGUUCAACCAACUGUGCCAAAAAUAGUAAAGCGGCCAAAGUGAGAUGUUCAUAUUUGGCUGGAAGGGGGUCCAAACAUUCAGUGCCAAGUCCAGCUGGACUGAAAGUGAAGCCACACUAGACCAAACUGCCUCAUUUGAACAACAAGAAGAAAAAAAUAUCUUCUGGAAACGAGUGAUCAUAAUUUGAUCAAGCAGUCGCCAUGCACUUAGCAUAGAUGCCAUUUCUUCCUCUACGGUUUAUCAAAUGUUGUUGAUUUUAGUUUUUUUGAGGGGGUGGGGGCUACCAAGUGUGCAAAAUGGCAGAGGAGAGCCAGAGAGAACAUACAGAACAUUCCCUGAAGAUACUUCUAUUUCCUCCUCCCUCCAUCUGUUCCAUUGGAAGCCUUUCCUUGGCUGGCAUCCAUCUCGAGAAAUCCGUUGUUGCCAUCUUGCAUAUAUAUUUCAUCUCUUCGUUUUGGACGAGACAUUUUUUUUCCCAUUGGUGUGAAUUUUCUCCUCUGUGGAAAAGCUUCUCUGACUUGAGGUUCUCUGCUGCCUCGAUGCUGAGUCUAGAGGAGGACGACAAAGGCGGUGUGGGAUUUUCCCAUUGAAUUCCAGAUUUGCUUCAAGCGUGGCCACACGUACCAAACCAAUCAAGCGAGGACAGGCGAGUCUCAAUGGUGGUGUCGGUUUUAACCUACGUUGGGGUUCGUGGAUGCUGUUUCCCCGAUUAGCCACUGGGAACAAACAAAUGCCUGCCUCAAAUUGACCUCUUCCUUUCCUAUCAUGAAAAAGUGUAAUGAUCUAAGUUCCUGGGUUGCGCCGUUCAAAUGUGGACAUUUAACUCCCCGACCUGCCCUGAUUAGAGAAAAUAGUCAUUAAAAAUCAUAUGGGGCCGGUCCUUAGGCUGAAGAGAACCUCUCGGCAUGAGCGAUGUCAUCAGAAGCAGGUGCUCAGUUGGCUAGACGUUUGCGUUCCCAUGGCAACAGUGAACCCCCUCGCAAAUGCGGCGGUGGCUUUUCUCGUCCUCCUCUACUUGACAGCCGCUCCUCGGCAGGUUAAUCUGAGGACAGCUGCGGCUCGGUGGCAAAGAUGGGGAUGACGCGACGCGGAUCCUUGUAGGUUUCACACCGUUUCCAUAGCAAAUAAGCUCCAUUCGUCAGUUCAACCCCUCCCGUUUGUAACAAAGUUGCACUUUUUUUGAUCCCCGUCGUGGGAGGCUCGUACGUCCUGUGUGGAGCUUCGUUCAUGGCGUCCUAUUUGUAAAAUAUCCGCAAGAAUUUUAAUACAUUCUGCAAAUGGUACCAAUGCUCCAGAUUUGGAACUACUCCCGCAACAUGUUGUGGACACUGGGAGUGGUGAUGGGUUUUCACAAGCUCAGUGUCAUUUUAAAAAGGGGGUGCCGUUGACUGGAGGGCUACAGUGUUGCACAAAGGGUUAAUAGGCAAGACUAAGGCCAGUCGAGGCCUGUUCCAAGUUUUUUUUUUUUUUUGCACAUUUGAAUUGAGAUAUCCUGACAGUAUUUUCAUUUUUCCAAGUGCCUUUUUUUUUUUUUUUACUAUAGGUAAAAUAUAGAAGUUCAACAUUAUAUGCUGUUCAAAAAAAAAGAGCGGAUUUUUAUAAAAUAUAGAUAUAUUUUUUUCCUGGUUUCAUGUUCUGUGGUCGAACAUGCAAUAAUUUUAGUUAAGUCUCCAGUUGCUACAACAUAGCAGCAUUCUCCUGUUUUAGAGGAAUUUUAUUACGAUAUUGGUAUAAAUGUCAAAAGAAGUGUUGAAUAAAACUGCAUUU